UGCAAUUAAAAUGAUUAAAAUAUUUCAUCAUAAAUUCGUUUAGAGUGAGCAAACAUCAGAACAACAACAGUGCAGUAAAUUUGAAUUUACUUUUUGUUUAAAUUUGAAAAAAAACACGAGUGCAGAACUCAGUGUGUUGAAUGACGAAACAACAAAAAGGGAAGCCUCUUAAUUUCAGCAUAAAGCUCACCUGCAGGAAAGCUAUUUUCACAAUUGGGUGUCGAGUCGAUAUAGUCGAUAAAUGCUAGUGCACUAUAGUGACUUGGUUUCAUUUAUUUUCCUUGUACCAAUACUUUUCUGGUACAGAACAACUUUGGUAACUAUACAUUGUAUUGUGGUAACUAAAUUUAGUCACGGACACUACAAAGUUAACACCCGCCAUAGCGCCGCAGAAUAAUGGCCCGAUCGGUAAUUCUAGCGUGCAAUUUAAACGAACCAACCGAUUUCACGUUCAUCCGCCAGGAAAGUGAUGUAGAUGGAAGUUUUCUAGUCAACUGCAUUUUGGGUCAAACAUUUCUGACACCAAACGCAUCGGCAAUUCUAGUUUGCAUGCAUCACACCUACGACCAUUACUUCAACGCUGGCAAACGAUUGAACUUUAACUUAAACGAUGCACGUAACAGAGGCAAUCUGAUCGUAAUCGAUGUGCUCAAAGCCACGGCGGAUACACUCUGUAAAUUCGAUUCAGCGACAAUUAAGCCUGAAACAGUUGUCAGCGAUAUUGUAGCGGACAUUGAAUUGAAAGUGGCAGACUUGUUACGAGUGAAAUCUUCCGUUACGGUUAUUUUGGACGAUGUACAUUCGCUGAGUCAUUUAAAGGCGAAUGAACAUCUAAUUUUAGCCCUGUGUCGACGGUUGCAAAGAUUUAGUGAAAUGCUUGCACCGAAGCUCCGAGUUAUAAUUAAGCUGCACAAUUCGAAUUUGUACGAAUGUUUGGCCAACAACAUAUCGAUGCUGGCUCAAUCGGAGAUCCAAGUAAAUAAAUUGACGUCAGGCUAUUCGAAAGAAGUGGACGGCCGAUUAGUGGUUAAGAGAAGUAAUGGUUUUGACGGCGAAAAGACUGUGUUGUAUAAAGUAAACGAAAGAAAUAUUGUUGUAAUGCAACCAGGUGAACCUGGACUCAAUAUUUGUUGAAUAAAAAUUGAUUUUCAACUUACGACAA